AUGCUGAACUUGCUUUGCUGCUACAGGAACCCAAGCCCAAAGUGGCUUCUGGGCACGCAGCCCUCUGCGGAGGAUGCGCCAGCGCCCUUCUCCUGGAGUCCCUACCUAUCACAUGGUUCUCCGCUAUCUCGACAGCGAGCAGAUCGCACUCGCGGCGGUGAAGUAAGCUUGCCUCAGAGCCUUGAGUCUUGGAUGCCGGACUGCCCGCAGCUCUUCAAGGUCAUGCUCCUCGGUGAUGAGGCAGCAGGAAAGACUUGCCUCUUGCUCCGAUUCACCGACAAAAAGUAUCGCACGAAGCACAGCACCAUAGGGGUAGAGUUUGGUUCUCGCAACGUCGAUGUACAGGGGGAGGCUAUCCGUCUGCAGUGUUGGGACUGCGCCGGCGCAGAUCGCUUCCGCAGCAUCAUCUGCAAAUACCACCGUGGUGCUGCUGGCGCGCUGCUGGUCUACGACAUCACGCGGCGGGACAGCUUCGAGCACAUACAGGAGUGGCUACACCACUUCCAGGAGCACACGGAUACUGGACUCGCCAUUACCUUGGUUGGUAACAAGGCCGACAUGGACGCAAAACGUCAGGUGAGCUUCGAGGAAGGAAGCAGAUUUGCAACUGACCACGGCCUCGGCUUUCUGGAGACCUCCGCAGUCACCGGCCAGCACGUGGAGGACGCCUUUCUUGUCACGGCCCGGCAGGCCUUGGCAAGGAGACCCACUCGGGCAGCUGAGAGGCAGCUAGACAUCGGACACUUAUGA